CCCGCUAAGUUGAUCAACGUUUUAUGAGCACCUAAGAAAUACAUACCAGGCACUUGUACUGUGUAACAUCUUAACAACUUCAACAAUCUUCAACAAGUAUAGUCACUGCUUGAUAUGACUUGACAAUGCGUGGACGCGGGGGCGCCCGAGGGAACAGAACUCCUUCUGCACCAUGGAGUCGUCUGAAACCUGUAGAAUUGGACCCGUUAGAGGCAAUGGGCUUGCCUUCGAAAGGCGAUAGUAGGUUGCUUGACUUCAAAACCCAAGAGCGAUACUAUACCAAGAUAGUCGAGCGAUACAUGACCUUCUGCUCUGACGCUGGCGAACGUAGCGAGCUCCUUCGCCGCUUCGCCUCGCUUGACCUCUCCGGCUCCAACGACGAGAAACCCUCCACGAAUUCUACCAACAAUGCUCCUCUGCUAGACCCUAAUUCGCCUACGAUGACACUAGCUACUAUACCCAAUAAUACUAAAGGCCUGUCUGAUGUCUUGUCGGCGCUUAGGAAGCUGCGAGAAGGUAUCGUAGCCUCCAAGCGCGUCGAUGAUUUCGCAAUCCAAGCCUAUCUCUUCUGCAUCCGGCUUUCCGUCUUAGUCAAACAUCCCGAAUCCUACCACCCAGCCAUUCUACACCUCCUACGCAAGAUACAGCCAUUGCAUAGGAUGACGUCUGUCGAAAUGAACGAGGUCGUCGGCUAUCUCGUUCUCGACACGGCAUGCAGGCGGAACAACCUAGCCGAAGCAUUCGCUGCGCGGCAUAAAUAUCAGCUACGGGACGCCAAGGUCGACGCGGUACUCGACGCGCUGGCACACGACAACUACAUAGAAUUCAGCCGCUUGAAGAGGAGGGUCGACGGGCACAAGGCGAAGCUGCUGGAAUAUGCCGAAGAAGGCAUGCGCAAGCACCUGCUCAAGUGCUUCGGAAGAGCAUAUUUGAGCGUGGAUUUGAACUUCUUGGAGGUCUGCGCGGAUUCGAAGUGGGCAAACCUCACGGCAGAGGACGGGGUCGGAUGGGAAUUAGACGGGGGGAAGGUCGUUAUCAGAAAGGUCAAGGGUCGGUAGGUAUGCGUAUAGGCUUGGUAUUGAUACCCUUGGGGCAAUAUGAUUUGUUUUCGAGCGUUUUCGUUAUAUUAUGGGUUCCAAGUCAAGCCUAUUUGGCCUUACUCUUCUACUCAAUGAGCCGCCUCUGUGCUGAUAAUUUCCCGUGACACAGCAAGUCAAUGCUGGAUAUCAUCGCCCUAAUUUUGGCAUAUAAUUCUAUGUCAGAAACAUUCGACUCCCUUAUUAUUGUACUAUGCAGCUAGUUCGAACACGGGGGUAAUGCUGUCG